UAUUUAAUUUUCAUCGUCUUUUUACCGUUGAAUAAAAAUAUAUGGCAUCUUUAUAAAUUAUAAAGGGUAAACAACUUUACUAUUAUAUUAUUAAUUUAUCGAAAUCUAUAUAAAUCGCAUAUAUUUAAAAAAAUAUGGACAUCACAUUGGAUGAUAGAUUAAAUGUAUUACAACAAAUAAGUCAACGAAAACUCGUUGAAAUUUUGGAUGCGAUUCCUGGAAGCAAAGAUCUAGUGAUAGAACAAAAGCUUAUGAAAAUUUUGGACAGUUUUGUAGGCGUUUCUGUGCUCAAACGUUAUGGUGUUGAAAAAAUUUAUAAAAUGGAACAAGGAUUAAAACUUUCAAAUAAACAGCAUAUAUUUUUGAUUUCAAGUGAUUUGAUUGCUUGCAAGAGAGUAUUAGAUCAAAUACAAUCAGAGAUCAAAUACAAUCCUCUAAAUAUUACAUCUCAUGUACAGCCAUAUCAUCACAUUUUAGUUACUCCAUUUGUGCCUACUAUUCUUAAUUCAAUAAUUGAAGAAGAGGGGUUAUCUGGAUUAGUUACAUUACAAACACUGUCUUGGGAAUUCAUAAGAUUAGAUGGAAAUAUCUUAUCUUUAGAAAACUGUAUGUUUAUUGAUCUUUACUAUCACAAAGAUACUACAUUGCUACCAGCAUUAGGACGUAGCUUAUGGUCAUUACAACUUAUACUUGGUUCUCCUAAAUUAACAAUUUCUAUUGGAAAAUAUAGUCAGCAGAUGCUUAAAAUUAUGGAAUCUAUGAGACAAUGUUUAGGUUCUUCUAAUAUAGAAAAUGAAAUAGGAGCUUUGAUUAUAAUGGAUAGAAAUUAUGAUUUGAUUACACCUCUUUUAACACCUGUAACUUAUGCAGGAUUAUUACAUGAAGUAGUAGAAAUAAAUGUUGGUACUGGUAUUUUGGGCAAGUCUCAAACCAAAUUAGAUCCUGAUAAAGAUCAAAUUUAUGGAGAAGUAAGAGACACUCCAUGCAGCGAAGUUUUCCCAAUUUUACAUGGAAAGGCUAAGUUAUUAAAAUUGGAACAAAAUGCCAUACAAACGAUGAAAUUAUCUGAAAUGGAACGAUAUAUAGCAACAAAAUUACAGAAAACUAGAGAUCUAACACGACAACUUGCUUUUCACAUUUCUGCUUGUCAAUUAAUAGCAGAUACAUUAAGUUCUGACUUUCAAACCUUACAAAAAAUAGAGAAAUAUAUACUUGAAUGUAAAGAGAGGAAAGAGUGUUUGAAUCAUAUUGAAAGAUAUAUAAAUGAUCAUCCAUUAAGAACUUUACGUUUAUUAUGCUUAUUGUCAAUUGCAAGUGAUGGAAUUACACAAAAUGAGUUGCACUGUAUACAAAAACUUCAUCUUCAUGCUCAUGGUUAUAAGCAUAUACCUUUAUUUUAUAAAUUACAAAAUAUAGGUUUAUUAAAAUGCAGAUUAGAAAAUAUUUUACAUAAGUUGCCAAAUUGGAGCAGUGAAUGGAAUAAUAAUGCACAAAAAUUAAAAUUAUUACCCAGCUAUUUCAAACAAACAGAACAAAAAGGUCGUUCGUGUCCAAGUUAUGUAUUUAAUAAUGUUUACAUACCAUUAAUUGCUCAAAUAUUAAAUACUGUGAUAAAUCAAGAAAGAGAUUCCAAAAGUUUCGAAGAAUUAACAAAUUUAUCCAACUGUAUCAUAAAUGGUCAACGUGGUUCAUUGUUACCAAAAAUGAUAGUGAUAUGCAUUAUUGGAGGUAUUACAUAUGCUGAAAUAACUGCUUGUAGAUUUAUAGAAAGAUCUACUGGAAUUCGACUUGUACUGGCAUCGGAUAAUAUAAUAACAGGUAAUAAAGUAUUUGAAAAAAUACAAGAAAUAUGAACACUUCAAGAUGGUAAUUAAAAUUCUGUAAUAACUAAUAUUGUUUAUUUUUGUAUGAUAAAUCGAAUCUUUUUAUAUGUAAAUAGUAGCAAAUAUGGAAGUAUGAAUAUACAUUAAUGUAUAAUUAUUUA